CUGAUCGAGAACAAAUGGAAAAUCUUGAAAAGAGAAACUCUGUUCUAGAACGAGAUGUGAUGCGUUUUCAACAGCGAGAAGCAAUCCUAAAGAAUGUCAGAUUAUUUGAAAUGAAAAUACCAUACGCUCGAUAUUCUGUCGCCAAGGACGAAUACACCGAAGCAAAAAAAGAUUAUCAGUCUGCUCAUGCGCAUUAUAAUAGUCUGGUUCAAGAAAACGAACCAGUGAAGCAUAGAAGAGAGAGAUUAGAAAAUGCCGAAAAAACCUCAUCACUAGAAAGAAAGAGUCUGUAUGAUCAAUAUGUCAAAACCAUGCGACAGAUUGAACAAUGUGCAAAUAAAGUGGAGCAAAUGGAAAACGAAAGUGAUGACCUUCAGAAACAAAUAAGACUCUUAAAAAGAGAAGAAAAAGAGAGAAAUAAACGAAUUGCACGUCUUCAAGCAGAAAUUACUGAGUUAGAGAGUAUUGUUAACGAGCCACCGCCAGAAGUUAAUAUGAGCAGUAUUCAACGACAAUUGGAACAAGUGGAUAAUCGUAUUAGAGAUCUUAGGAAUAGUGUCGAUGAACUUCAAUUAAAACAAGAAGAAUAUGUUGAUGUAAGAAAUAACUUUCUUCUUCAACGCGAAAAUUUUGUCAAAGAACUCAGACAAAUAGUUGAUGUCACAGAACGACGACUAAGAUCUAUUAAACAAAUUGACCAUGCAACAUUUCAGGGAUAUCAAUGGAUUCAAGCUAAUAAGAGCAUUUUCAAAAAAGAUGUAUUAUUACCUUGGCUCACGAUUAAUAUUCGGGAUAUGCAAUAUGUUGAUGUAAUUGAAAGUGCAUUGAAUAUCGGUACAAUUAAGACUUUUGUUUGCCAAACAAAAGAGGAUUACCAGACACUUACAAGAGAAGUAGUAGACAGAUUAAAGAUCCGAAUUAAUGUCGUUUGUUUUGAUCACAGACAAAUGAAUGACUUUUAUCCGCCUGUUCCUCAUGGACAAUUGAGUAAUUAUGGAUUCGAUUGCUAUGUCUUGGAUCAAAUUGAAGGACCAGAAGCAGUUUUGGUUGCAAUCUGUCAGAUGUCUGCGAUUAAUAUGAUUCCUAUUGCAAAAAGAGAUAUCGACCAUAAGUUUGUAGAGAAUAGCCGAAAAUUCAAAAGUUAUUUUGUUGGUGACACUCUCUUCAAAAUAUCCUGGUCUCGAUAUGGGCGACAAUUAGCGCAAUCAAUGACGAGUAGAAUUAAACCAUCUACUUUAUUAAGAGAUUCAAUUGAUGUUGAGCAAAAGCAACAACUUGAGAACCGAUUACAGACUGUCGAUCACAGAUUAGAAGAAGUUGAUCGGGUUUUGCGUGAGUUUAAUGAAAGUGAAUCUAUGAGUCGGCGCGAGUUUGAUGAAUUACGUGGAAGACGGGAAAAUUUGGUGGAAGAAAGACGAAAAGCUCAAGCUGCUUUGAAGAAUUUCGAACGACAGAAACUUAAGCUUGGAACCACUAAAGCAAAUUUACAAAAUGAACUGUCAAAACCAUCUUCGACUAUUGAUCAUGAACAGCAAUUAAAGCAAGAGUUACGUCAAAUUGCUCGUAAACGGGCUACGCUUUUUUUGGAUUAUAAGGAAACACUGGAUGAAGGCAUAAAACUAUUUUCUGCACGUAAUUUAGCCGCGUUGAAGCAUUAUCAAAUUACCGCGGAGAUCCACGCGCUCGUAAGAGAGACACAAGAGAAAGAUGAUAACGUGAGAGAAGCCCGAAGACUUUUCACGAUAGCUGAUAGUUUGCUAAAAGAACGGAAAGAGAAAGCGAAAAAGUUAUACGAGAUUGCUGAAAAUGCUAUUAAAGACUUGAGUGAUGAAGAAAAAAGAGAGUUCCAAGAGCUCACUCAGGGAAUGUCAUUAGAUGAAUUGGAAGAAGCACUCGCCAACGAAAAAGCCAAAGCUGAUCUUCAUUAUGCGACAAAUCCUCAAGUUAUUCAACAGUAUAACGAAAGAUUGGCAGAAAUUAUGAAUUUGAAGUCUAGGAUUCAAUCAUUAGAUACUCGAUUAGAUGAAUUAUCGAGUGAGAUGAAGACAACGAGAUUUUUCUUUUUAGGAAUUGGAUGUGCUGGUGAAGUACGAGUUAGUACUCAUGAGGAUUACGAUAAAUGGGGAAUUGAAAUACUACCAUUUAUGCGAGCACAAUUAAAUAACACAUGUAGGGAUAAUGAACAAUUGCAUGUUCUGACAGCGCAAAGACAAUCUGGAGGGGAACGCUCUGUAUCGACAGUAAUGUACUUGAUGUCACUUCAAGAACUAGCAAAAGCACCGUUUCGCGUAGUUGAUGAAAUUAAUCAAGGAAUGGAUCCGCGUAAUGAGCGAUUGGUGCAUAGCCAGAUGGUAGAGACUGCUUGUCGACCAAAUACGUCGCAAUAUUUUCUAAUUACACCCAAACUUUUGCCGGAUCUCGAAUACCACGAUCGAAUGAAAAUCUUGUGUAUUAAUAAUGGAGAAUGGAUACCAGAGAAAAUUGAUUACAAAGG